UCCACUUGGCCGGACGUUAGUGUUGAAUGAACGCUGCUAGUCUUAAUCGCCGACUAUCAAGUUGCUCCGCUGUACUAGGCACGAGAGGAUACGCUACUUACCCCUGCACAGAAGCGUAAAGUGAAACUGCGAAAAAUGAACAUGACAGAUCAUGCUCUUAGUCUGCAGGAAUAUGAUUUUGAACGAAGUUUUGAUGACAGGGCUGCAUAUAAAUGGUUCCAGGAACACUGGAAGACAUCCUUUCUCUUCUGCGGCCUGUAUGCAGCUUUGGUGUUUGGUGGACGACAUUUUAUGAGAGAGAGAGAGAAACUGAAUUUGAGAAGACCUUUAAUUCUCUGGUCUCUGAGUCUGGCCCUUUUCAGUAUUAUUGGGACACUACGUACCGGCGCGUACAUGUUACAUGUGAUCAACUCCGGUGGCCUGAAGCAGUCUGUUUGUGACAGCAACUUCUACAGCGCUCCCAUCAGCAAGUUCUGGGCUUUUGCCUUCGUCCUGAGUAAAGCCCCAGAGCUGGUUGACACGGCAUUCAUCGUGCUCCGGAAACAGAAGCUCAUCUUCCUGCACUGGUACCACCACAUCACAGUGCUGCUGUUUAGCUGGUAUUCCUAUAAGGACCAGGUGGCUGGAGGUGGCUGGUUCAUGACUAUGAACUAUGCCGUACACUCCCUCAUGUACAGCUACUACACCUUACGGGCGGCAGGCAUCCGCGUGCCACGCGCUUUCGCCAUGUUGAUAACCACUAUGCAGAUCCUACAGAUGGCGGUUGGACUGGCUGUUCUUGGUCUUGUUUACAUGUGGAUGCACCAGGAGCACUGUCCCAGUAACCUUGGCAACAUCGGUUGGGGUUCGGUCAUGUAUUUUAGUUACCUCUGGUUGUUUGCUUCUUUCUUCUACUCGUCUUACCUGAAGAGAUCUGUGGAGAAAGGCUCCAAAGCAGAUUAAAACACACACACACACACACACACACACACACAGCCCAAGAGAAGAAUUCAGACCAGAAGUGUUACAGUUUGUGAGAAUGACUUGACAAUUCCUUGAUUUACACUUUUGUUUUCCGUCCUCCUCCUGCCAGCCAGGUUAUGUAACAGGGACCUCCUCUGUUUAAUCUUUUUCUUUUUCUUUGUUAAAUGGUUUAGGCAAUAUACACAGGGAAAAUGUUUUUGAUAACAAAUAUACUUUGGGAAUAAGCCAUGGUACAUACACUUUACAAUGCUAAUCUAAAAAAUGACAAAACAAUUAAGUUUUAUGCGUAAAGGGAAUGUACAUUAUGUACGUUGCGUGGCUUUAGCACUUAACAUUCUUGAUUUUUUGGACUAAUUGAUCUAAUCUGUGGUAUACAGCCAUGUGAGGGCUCCGUCCUAUAAAAGACACAUUUGUAAGUGUCAGCCCCAUGAACAAGGAACUAUUGCAGAAAACAGAAGGAAAAUACAUUCCCAAGACACACGGAUAGUAUCUGUCCUACUUUGUAAUGAAACAUACUCUUCAUCUUCUGGAAUUUAAUCUGCUAUACAUGUUUACUGCAAAAAGCUGAAGUAUGAUCACAAGCCAGAUUAAGACUUGACCUGUCUCCUCUUUUCAUGGAUCAGAGAUUAUCAUGUAGAUCUGCUCUUUACCUUUCCUUCAGAGUUUCUCUUUGAGACCUGCAUUAGGGUCUCUGAUCAGUCCAAACAAAGUAAACCAGAGCUGUUACAUUAUAUAGUGUAUACAGUAUUUAUAAAGAAGAAAAAAAAUGCAUUAUUUAUCCACUUUUUCCAGUCAUCUUAAAGAAAUUUGUUCAGAAACUUGAACUGAUACUAAGCUGUUUUCAUGUUGACUGUUUACUAAAACAAACUUAACAUAAAAACAAUGCUUGUGUGGAGAAGAGGCUUUUUGAUUGUAGGAAUCUCUCGGAGAUUUAGAGGAACUCAUGAAGACUCAUUUGCGUUCUGUCUAGAUCAUUGGCAAGUAGACCAGUGGUUCUCAAUCCAUUCCUCAUGGCCUACAUGCCUGCCUGCCUGCCCUGUGUAUUUUAGUUUAACCUGUUUUUCCCGUCACCCACAUGCCGUGUGAUAGGUUGAUAUAUCCAGUCCCUGUGCAGGUGCAGGUUGUCAAGGGUUGGUUCUCUCUCAGAUCUGUGUGAUCUGUCUGUGUGUCUUUAUGCUUCUCCAAGGAUUAACUGCUUUAACCAAACUGUCCAUCAGCUCUGACCCCUCACCAUGAAUAAGGGCAUUAUCUUACCUGCAUAAGAGUGUUUUAUGAGUCCCAACCAUCAAAAGAAUUGAAAUUAUGGAGAACGAUUGUCAGGGACUGAUUUGUGUUGAACAGCCUGUUCAAACCAUGCCCAGACCCUGUAUCGCACAAAUCUGGUCUUUUCAUCAUCAACUUUAUUUACUACCUUACUUACACUUGCACUUGCAGUUUACUUACAUGUACACAUUAUGUGUCUUUGAGCGUUCAUUGUUGUGUUGGUCACAGGGGAGAGUGUCUUGUUGCAAGUGGGAGACAGAGAGAGAGAACAGUCUAGAACAUGUCUUACGCCCUUUGCAUUCACUGUGUAUGAUAUAUCUAAAAAAAAAAAGAAAAAAAAAAAGAAAGUAUUUAUUUUCUUUUGAAGAAAAGCAAGGAACCAUAUCAUCCCAACAGAGUUUCCAAAGACAUUGAGCCAGUCUUAAAACAAGCUAAGCAUUUUAAACUUGCAUUCUAAACUUGCAACAAGCAAUGCACAGUAUUCUUUAUGAUUAAGAAUAGUCUAAUUAUAUUUUUGUAUGCUUUUAAAAUGCUCUUACAACAGUUGAUUAACUGUGAUUGAUCGUGUCUAUUAGAGAUUUUAUUUUUUCCCCUGUAAAACUGUAAUAGAUUUUUAUAAACCUAGUAAAAUGUUAGAUUUUCAUCUAAAAAAAUACAUAAAUGUCAAAAAUGUGAAUGUCAUGGCCCAUAAAGUGUACACUUUAUAUAUCCAGGAAUAUACAGGAGUAUUCCAGUCUGGAUACACCUCUUUUCACGCAGUGUGUCCUACUUGUUAAGACCCAAACUUCACAAGUUAUGCACUUUCAGGUUUUUAAAGCUAUCCUGUACACAUCAUCCCCAGACCUUUACUUUCGUAGAGAUCACAUAGAAGAGAUAAGUCACAGUAAAACUUAUAUGUAUAAAUAUUACAUUCCAUAUCAUAUUAACCAUUAGAGGGUUUAUAUGAUGGCUUUAUAGUCUGAACACACUAUAACAUAAUUAUUUUAUUAAUGUAUGAAUAUUUGUAUUUUAUUUUUUAUCACAAUGGAUGCAUAUUCUGCACAAGUCAGUAAUAUUCCAUUUUAAUAGUUUUCUCAUGCUAAUAACAGCCUCUUUUGCAUGUGGAUAUGAAGGAUUUUUGUUUCCAACUUGAUCUCAUGAAAAUAUAGCAAAUAUUACAUGUUUGAAAAGACAUUGAUAUUCACUGUGUAAGUCAUGACACAAACAUGUAAUACCUGUAUGAAAUGUGACUAAUGAGGAAGAGUGACAACUUGCUAUUGCAAACCCUAACCCAAUACCUAAGGUUAACCACUUAUAACCUUUUCAUACAAUCUUGUGUAGCAUAUAUGAAGAACAGAACAUCUGUGAGAACCAAUUGAAAAGAAAAUGAGAACUGAGAAAGGAAAAACAGCAUCCUCCAACUGACAGAGUGUGGUACUGCAGCCAUGUGAAAUUAUGAGAUUUGUCUAUAUCAUUAUUUGAUGUAUGUUCAUGAGACCAGGUAGUUCCUCUUGUCUUCAGUAAUGCAGUUUACAAUAUUUGGCAUUAUGCACUGUUCUAAUAUUGGAAAUUGACUGCACUCUUGGUAUAAAUAGUACAGUUACUAGAAAAGGUGGCAACAGGAGAUGUUGCUUUGGGGCUAGCUUAACCAUUGGAUUUUCAGUUCAUUCAACACAAAGUUUAAAAAGCGCUGUCAUCCUGCUCUUCUGUGUGAAAAUCAGGGAAAAGAGCGAAGUCCAGUGACAAGGGCAGGAUCACUUUGUUUAUGCUUUUUGUUUGUUAACAGAAAUAAAUUCCUAUCUCCAAACUUAAA